GGCGCUGUGCAAAUAAUGUGCCUUUUAUUGGGCACUGGCUCUCUAUGACCCCGGAGUCCCGCCCCCGACCUCUCUCGAAGAAAUGGCCAGACUUUUUGCAAACGCCUUGAAGGGUAGAAUUAGCAGCGAGCUCUUGAAACUGCCUCUGGAAAUGGAACCCAGCAGAAUUCUCGAAAAGAAGAGGACAUUUAAAAGAGGGGUCCCCCCUCUAUCCUCCACGGCCCCAUCCAAGCCAGGGAUGAAAUUUAACGGCAAGAAGGACGCAGUUGACGCGGCGUCAAUGAACUGAGACUAAGUCAAAAGCCGGGCCCCCCAACCCUAUCCCCAUCAGCCUGGUAAUCACCGGCGUCACCCCCGCCCCGCGCCCUGCCCCUAGGUUCCUGUGCCAGCAAGAUGCUGGAGCGAGGCGCGGAGUCCGCCACCGGGGCCACCGAUCCUAGUCCCACUGGCAAGGAACCGGUAACCAAAGAAGCUCCCCACCAGGGCCCACCAAUGAAGCCCAGCCAGUCAGCUCCAGGGCCCACCGCGUCCGCGGGCUCGCCUCCCCGGCCUCGCCGGCGGCCCCCGCCCCAGCGCCCGCACCGCUGCCCCGACUGUGACAAGGCCUUCUCGUACCCGUCCAAGCUGGCCACGCACCGCUUAGCACACGGAGGCGCCCGACCCCACCCAUGCCCAGACUGCCCCAAGGCCUUCUCCUACCCCUCCAAGCUGGCAGCCCACCGCCUCACGCACAGCGGCGCCCGCCCGCACCCGUGCCCACACUGCCCGAAGGCCUUUGGCCACCGCUCCAAGCUGGCGGCUCACCUCUGGACCCACGCACCCACCCGCCCCUACCCGUGCCCCGACUGCUCCAAGUCCUUCUGCUACCCUUCCAAGCUGGCGGCCCACCGCCACACGCACCACGCCACCGACGCCCGCCCCUAUCCUUGCCCGCAUUGCCCCAAGGCUUUCUCAUUUCCCUCCAAGCUGGCCGCCCAUCGCCUAUGUCACGACCCCCCAACUGCGCCAGGCAGCCAGGCGACUGCCCGGCACCGAUGCUCCAGCUGCAGCCAGGCCUUUGGCCAGAGACGCUUACUGCUCCUUCAUCAACGCAGCCACCACCAGGUGGAGCACAAGGGGGAGAGAGACUGAGCCCUCUCUUGGUUCACUGUCCCCCUCUGCCGCCAGCCCUCGCCAGUAAGAGGUGGGAUUUCUAAGACCGACUGUAUGAGCAGAUAGCUGGCAGAGGGCAGGGCAAGGGACUGGCCAUUUAUACUGGGCUCGAGCUCAGAAGCCCGAGGAACUCUUUGCUCCCCUGCUUUGGGGAGAUCUCAAACCAUGGACGUGGAGCUGUGGUUUGACAGCGCUGCCUCUGCUUCUCCCCACACACUUACAUGGCAAAGGUAAAAAGUCUGCUACUAUCGUGGAUUGAUGAGGAUUGGGGGCAAACAGGCUCUCUUGUUGUUAAAAGUUUAAAUUGGUGUCUCUACUUUGGCCAUAUGACGGUAUCUAAGAAAUUGAAAAUACAUACAUGCUUGUCUCAACUCUU